AUGGUUUUGUCUUCUCCAAAUGAGACCACGGUAGCUACCAAGUCAGAAGAUGCGGGCAGCACUGCUCAACCUCAGCACGCGAACAGAACUAAGGGACCAGAAGCAAACACCACGGAUGAAUCAGAGACGAACCCGACGGCGAUGCAUGGUUUCAAGCUCUAUGCCAUUUUCAUUGGUAUCUGCUUUGGUGCCUUCCUGAUGUCCUUGGAUAUUUUCGUCAUCGCAACAGCCAUUCCAUCCAUCACGUCCGACUUUCACGAUACCUCGCAGCUGGCUUGGUAUCCGGCCGCUUAUUCACUCACGACAUGCACCUUGACUCCGCUAGCAGGAAAGCUAAGCGCAAAAUUUCCUCUUCGCUGGGUCUACAUCACCUUCUUUUCUAUAUUUAUGGUUGGCAGCCUCAUAUGUGGCUUUGCGCCAAAUAGUAACAGCUUCAUUGUGGGUCGUGCAGUGGCAGGCGUCGGAGCGUCCGGUGUCGCCAGCGGAGGGUUUGUUAUUGUUCUCACUGUCUGUCCCGAAAAAAUGAAACCGGUCUUGAUGGGAAUUUGCAGCAGCUGUUUUGCCAUUGGUAUAAUUGUGGCACCCGUUAUAGGUGGUGCGUUUACAGAGAAGGCAUCGUGGCGGUGGUGUUUCUGGGUCAACCUUCCUCCUGGUGCUGUAACAUUGGUCUCUAUGCUGUGCUUCUUCAACCCCCCAUCCAUCCAGACAGACGGGACCAUUAUUCAACGGAUCAAAGGCCUGGAUCUUAUCGGAUGUGGAAUAUUCAUUCCAACUAUUUUUAUGCUACUUCUCGCUAUGAUGUGGGGCGGUACGGAAAAGGAUUGGAAUUCGGCAACAAUCAUUGGUCUCUUUGUGGCCUCAGGUGUGAUGUUCAUAAUCUUUGUUUUCUGGGAGCGCCAUAAAGGAGAUGGCGCUAUGAUACCGGGGAUUCUAAUCGUCAGACGAACAGUCACUUUUAGUGUCUUGUUUUCCUUCUGCCAUUUCGGAUCACUUGGCAUCCUGAACUACUAUCUCCCUGAAUGGUUUCAAGCCGUGGAUAGCGCUACUCCUUUGGAAAGUGGUACGCGUACUUUAGCCUCUGUUGUCGCUCAAAUAGUGGGAACACUGACUGCUGGUAUUUUGGCCCGGAAGAUAAAUUAUUAUAAUCCUUGGCUUCUCACUGGUCCUCUCUUUAUGUGCACCGCCGCAGCCUUAUACACUCAAUUUUCGACUUAUAAUACACCAUCUAGCCAUUGGAUUGGCUUCCAGGUCAUCCAAGGCCUCGGGGUCGGUAUGGCUCAGCAAAUGCCCACUCUCCUAGUCCAGCUGGCAGUCAAAGAUAAACCAGAUUUUAUGCCCGCUGCUGUCUCUCUCAAUUUAUUCUUUCAGUACCUAGGGGCCACGGUCACACAGGUUAUUGGAGGUAUCGUGUUCCGCUCAAUUCUGAGCAAAGAACUGACCAAACAUGCCGGUCUGAAUACCUCCCAAAAGGCUUUGUUAUCUGAGGCUGGAACUGCCCACGUACGCGAAAUUACUGAGAAUAAUUUCCCCAAACGGUUAAGUCUGGUUUUGGAAUCUUACAACACAGCAAUUACUUCAACAUUUUUUGUUCCAGUUGCUACGACAGCAACGGCAUUCUUCUUGGCUUUCGGGGUCAAGUGGACGAGGAUCCAUGAGAAAAGGGGGACUGCGCCAGAAGAGGGGGAACUUGAACGGCAGUAG